AGCUACUCUAUCUCGCUACGAGGACUGUAUUUUAGAAAGGGCAUGUGCUGACUUUGUGGUUGGAAGACUUGGCGAUAGACCAUAAAGAUGGAUUGUCAUGACGAAAGAGAACAUGAAGAAUUUGCACUCGCCCCCAGGCCAGACUUACGUCAAAACAGUGACGCUCACACAGAAAGGAACGCGGUGCAUAGAGGAAGCUGGGCCUCGCAAAUUGAUUACCUGUUGUCUGUGAUUGGUUAUUCUGUUAGCCUUACAAACGUCCUGCGUUUUCCAUACAUCUGCAGCAAAAACGGCGGAGGUGCAUUCCUCAUCCCUUACAUCCUGUGUCUGACGUUUUGUGGCCUACCUCUUUUCUUCCUGGAAGUUGCCAUUGGACAAUUUUGCGGGAAGAGUGGAACCAAAGUAUGGAGUGUAUGCCCUUUAAUGAAAGGUCUUGGAAUUGGCAUGAUGGUUAUUUCCGGUGUGGGAGCGGCUUCGUACACAAUUCACUGUGCCUGGACCCUUUACUAUGCCGCCUCCUCCUGUAGAACCGUCCUGCCCUGGACACACUGUGGAAACGCCUGGAACUCGGAACACUGUGUCCAAAGUAUAAAAUUAUCGACAGCGUGGACCAACUCAACACUGUCGUCGGACAACAAGACCACAGAUUGGGCUGGCAUUGGCUGGAAUAGCUCAAGACAACGUUUCACAGCUUCUGAAGAAUUUUGGCAUUUCAGAUAUAAGGUCCUCAGUAUCAGCUCAGGACUAGAUCAACUAGGAAGCGUCAAAUGGGAACUAGUGCUGUGUCUCUUGGUGUCGUGGCUCCUCAUUUUCGGUUGUAUUUUUAAAGGUGUCAGGUCAGUAGGAAAGGUUGUUUAUGUGACGGCGACACUUCCCUAUAUUUUCCUCUCCAUCCUGCUUGUCCGUGGUCUGACCUUGCCGGGUGGUCCUGAUGGUGCUCUGUUUUACCUGACCCCAGAUUUCAGCAAAUUACUGGACAUUCAGGUAUGGCUUGAAGCCUGUGCUCAAGUGUUCUUCUCUCUUGGCCCAGCGUGGGGCGGCAUACUUACCCUGGCAAGCUACAACAACUUCAAUGCUAAUUGUCUCAGGAAUGCAGUCAUAUGUACAUUGGUGUGUGGAGGAACAAGUUUGUUUGCCGGAUUAGUCGUCUUCUCAGUUCUUGGAUUCAUGGCUCAAGAAGCAGAUGUGCCAAUCACAGCGGUUGCAACCUCAGGCCCAGGGUUGGGCUUUGUUGUCUACCCAGAAGCCUUGGCACAACUUCCUGUUCCACAGCUAUGGAGCUUCCUCUUCUUUAUCAUGCUUAUUUUGUUGAUAUUGGAUUCACUGUUUUCAAUGGUGGAAACGGUGAUAUCAGGAAUCAUGGAUGAGUAUCCCUUUCUGCUGAAAUGGAGAACUCAAGUAAAUCUUGGAUAUUGCAUCGGUUCCUUUCUGAUCGGAAUUAUAUUCACCACUGAGGGCGGAAUGUACCUGUACCAGCUUGAAGACUGGUAUAUUGCCACUCUAUUCAUCAUCUUUGCUGGGUUCCUGGAAUGCAUUACACUCGGGUGGAUAUACGGAGUGAAUCGUCUCAGCGCAGAUAUUGAGCUGAUGAUAGGGAGACCGGCUCCGUGGUUCUUCAAAGUCACGUGGCGUUAUAUCACACCCACAAUGUUGUUGAUAGUAUUCAUCUCAACUCUGAUGAAGUACGCGCCUCCGACGUAUGGCAGCUAUGUUUACCCCGAGUACGCUGCUACCAUUGGUUGGACUAUUGCAAGCAUUUCCUGUGUUCCAUUUGUUGUAAUGAUGUUUGUGGCCAUCUACAGAGAGGAAGGAACCAUAGUGCAGAGAUUCAAGAGAUCCUUGAAACCUUCAAUAACCUGGGGGCCAGCCAAAUCAUCACCUCGUGAAUUGUAUCAUGCUUGAAACAACCAGUCUUUUAUUACCUGGGAUGCAACUUUUCACCGGUGUUGGUCUCUGUAAAACCACAUGCACGAUAUUCUUGGGAAAUAGGUAUACAUGGUCAAUAUAUUCAUGUUACCCAUUAAAACGUCUCCGAGUAUCUUUUUAUGUCCACUUUUCUGCA